AUGAUUUAAAAUCAAUAGCAAUGCUUAUUCGAAGGUCAUGAAUAUAGUCCAAUAUUGGGAUGCUGUAAAUUUUAUAAUUGUAAUCGAAUAAAACCAUAUUGUCAAUUUUGUGUUAUCGAUUUUCAUGCUGAACAUUUAAAACAAUUAAUGCCAUUGUCUAAAAUAUCAGAAUGGAUCGAAUAAAAAAUGAUAACUCACAAGAUUUUCACUAGGUAAAUUAUAGAAAUAAAACAAUUUGCUAAAAAUCUAGAUGAUUUGAUUAUUCCAUUAUUAAUUAACUAAAAUAUGAAUCUAACAGAUGCUACUAUUACAGACUUAAAUUUGUUAAUUAUUAAAUUAAUGAAAAUAGACAUGAUUGAAAUCUAAUUAUCACCUAAAUUAAAUGAAUUAAUGUUAUAAUUAGAAAUAUUGAAAAAGGAUUGCAAAAGUUUUAAAUAAUUUUGGGUAUAAGAGAAUAAUAAUAAUUAAAAUAUUGAUUAAUUAAAUUAAUUAGUAUACAGAAAAGAAACUCUUAAAUAAGAAAUUACUUUGAAUAGUGAUUUGUAAUAAAAAAUCAAUUAUUAAAAUCGUACUGAAAAAAUUAAAAUAUUCUUCUCUAAACAAAAAUUAAAUAAAUUGAAGAGGAUUAAAAUUGAAAAUGAUGGUAAAACAAUUAAAGGGGGACCUGAUUCUUUUGGAUUAAUAUUUUGUGAACCAGAAAUCCCUUAAAAUAUAAUAUCAAAGUUUGCUUUUUAGAUAUAAAAGCAUAAAUGGGUUUGUAUAGGAGUUUGUCAUAAAUCAAUUAUUUUAUAAUAAAAAUAUGAUUUAAAUCUUGGAAAGAUAGGGCAUGGGUAUUAAGUUCUUUUUAACUUAGAACUUAUCUUAUAGAAAAUUCUGGAUGGACGUAUUCUCAUCUUGAAAAGGAUAUCAAUAAUAUUGAACAGUCAUUUAAAUUUUCAAAUAAUGAUAUAAUUGUUGUUGAAAUAAGCAUAUGUGAUAAAAAAAUUAUUUGGAAAAAAUUAUAAACUAAUUAAGUUUUAUGGGUAAAUUGUUUAUUUAGUGUUAGAAAAUGAAAAUAGAUACAAGUUUAGAUUUAUAUCCAUGUGUUCAUAUAUUCAAUUCAAAAAUCACAAUUUUAGAUGAAUAUUGA